UUUUUUUGUAUGAAAGAAGACUAGAAUUAAAGACUGGUGGAAGAUGAUGAUGUCUCAUUGUUCAUAGGUCACGAUGGAAGCCUGCUGUACUUCAACAUAACCUGUGUUAUCACAGUAUCAUACUACCGGUUGCUUUUAGGAGGGGCAAUCGUUGAAACCUAUUUAUAGUUGAUACUUGGUAGUUCCCAAUUGGCAGUUGGUAUUUGUCACUUGGUACGUGGUACUUGGUAGUAAACUUGAGGGGAAAACUUUAGCAAGAAAUGAUGAGAAGAUACAAUAUUUACAACUGAAUUCGACGGUCGGGACACGAUGACUUCAGAGUUCAAAGAUGUUUUGGCUGUUGCUGCCUCUUUCUGUCAAAUAAUUCAGUUGCUUUCUGGGGUAUGUGCGCUAUGGACUAAUUAUGGCAUGAUGAUUGAGGAGAUGGCGAUAACUUUAGUAAACAUACUCGGUACCGCUCUCUUUUUUGGUUAUGUGGUAACUGUCUACUCGUACACAACAAAGAAGAAUAACAUACUGAAGCAAAUGUUAUUUUCAAUAUUAUUCAUAGCUACGGCUUAUGCAUAUAAAAAGUCUAUAGAAGACAAGGAAAUUCUCAAACUGCGAUUUGGGAUGAUUUGUUGUGCGGUGACACUUUCCUUUUUCGCAGCACCACUGGCCAACUUGGCUCAAGUGAUAAAAACAAAAUCAAGUGAAACACUUCCAUUUCCUGUCAUCUUAAUGACAAUGAUUGUCACCUUAUUAUGGACCUCUUAUGGAUAUUUAAUAAACGAUACCUUUAUUGUUUAUCCAAACGCCUUAGGUCUACUUCUUUCAUGCUUUCAGCUCUUUUUGUUUGUCAUUUAUCCAUCAAGAUGAUGGUACACCAAACCUAAUAUUACAGUUAUUAUACCUGAGCACAAAUUGAACAUAUCAGCAUGGACUUAAAUUUGAAGUGUAUCUUUUUGUGACAAAAUGUGAAUAUAUAUAUUUUCUUUUUUAAUGAGUUAACUGUGAAUGAUGUAUAUUGAAGUUUAUUGUAUAUGACAAAGCUCCAGUGUCUCUGACUCAAGAAGUCAUGUCCCUUACCAAAGAAAACUAUGGCAAUGAGCCAGCAUAAACGUGUUGUAAGUUAAAAGCUACAAAUGUGUUAACGUCAUCAUUAAAGUAUUCAAUUGUUGUAUUAUAAUUGUUGAUUGUAUAUUCAAGGAUAUGUGAUUUUCUUAAAAAUUGUAUCUUGAAUAAAAUAGUUUGUGGAGUGUGUUCCUUAACUAAGCCAA